GAGUUGGAUGACUGAAACUAUUUUUCACAGUCGGAACGCGUUCCCAGUUGUCUUGAACGCACGGUAAAUCUGAUGUCGGAGAUUCCCGAGUUCCAUGUUCCCAGUUGUCUUGAACGCGGCAAUAGUUUGUAAGUAAAACCCCACAGAAGAAGCAGAAGCAUUGAAAAAUAACCUUCGAGAGGUAUCCCCACUCUGAGGGCGUCCAGAAUAUUUUCACAAUAGGGGCAAGAAUCUGCUGGAUCGUGUCACCUCCGACGUUAACGACACUUAUUUUGCCACCACAAGCCUAGCAACACAUCACAACUAUUGGCAACCACUCACUGCGCCUCUUGGACGACCAGCGGUGUGUUUAUGUCUUACGAAAUCGAGCUGUUGGAACCUGUGUGGGGGAAACCUAGUCUACAAGCAAGGGGCUUGCGGCCACUUUGGCAAAAUAUUUUUCAUGUCAGAGACGGGGGACGCUUGCAGUCGUUUAUGUCAUCCUCUAUUUUCCAGACAGAAGAUCCCGAAACAUCUCCAUUCAAUAUAUUUUUUAUCUUACUGAUAGUGCUAGUAGCCAGCCAAAAUGUCUGUUAAUGUCAACCGCAGUGUGGCAGACCAGUUCUAUCGCUACAAGAUGCCCCGUCUGAUUGCUAAGGUUGAGGGCAAAGGAAAUGGAAUCAAGACUGUCAUUGUCAACAUGACUGAUGUUGCAAAGGCACUGAGUAGGCCUCCAACAUAUCCAACCAAGUUUUUUGGUUGUGAGCUUGGUGCUCAGACCCAGUUUGAUGCAAAGAAUGACCGCUUCAUCGUAAACGGAUCCCAUGAAGCAAACAAGUUGCAGGACAUGCUAGAUGUAUUUAUCCGGAAAUUUGUGCUGUGUCCUGAGUGUGAUAACCCUGAAACUGAUCUGCAUAUCAAUCCUAAGAAACAAACAAUCGGUAACUCCUGUAAGGCCUGUGGGUACCGCGGCAUGCUAGACACACGACACAAGCUCUGCACAUUCAUCCUCAAAAACCCACCAGAAAAUGAACCUGGGUCUGUGGAGAAGAAGAAAGAUAAGAAGAACCGUAAGAAGGACAAGGAGAAUGGCUCUGGCAGCGUUGAGGCUGGGAACCAUAACGACAUAGAUGCCCCUGAUGCCGUAGAUGGUGAAGAUGAUGAGGAUUGGGCAGAGGAGACCACGGAGGAGGCACAGAGACGAAGGAUGGAGGAGAUCAGUUCCCAUGCAAAGAACCUGACCCUCAGUGAGGACCUGGAGAAGACCCUGGAGGAGCGGGUCAACAUAUUCUAUAACUUUGUCAAACAAAAAAGGGAGGACUGCGCUGUUGAUGCAGCAGAUAAGGAGAUCUUGGCGGAGGCAGAGCGUCUGGAUGUGAUGGCCAUGGGACCGCUGAUUCUGAGCGAACUACUGUUUGACGAAAACAUCCGUGACCAGAUCAAGAAAUACAAGCGCCAUUUCCUUCGCUUCUGUGUGAAUAACAAGAAGGCCCAGAAGUACCUCCUGGGAGGCUUUGAGUGCUUGGUGAAGCUGCACCAAGCCCAGCUGCUGCCCCGUGUGCCUGUCGUGCUCAAAGACCUGUAUGAUGCUGAUCUAGUGGAGGAGGAUGUCAUACUGUCCUGGGCAGAGAAGGUGUCCAAGAAGUAUGUCUCUAAGGAACUUGCCAAAGAGAUCCAUGCGAGGGCGUCUCCUUUCAUCAGGUGGCUGAAGGAGGCGGAGGAAGAGAGUGCGGGCAGCGAGGUAGAGGAGGAAGAGGAUGAUGAAAAUGUGGAGGUUGUGUAUGAUUCUUCUGCUCGUGAACUGAAAGUGGAGACAGUAAAACUGAACAAGCCUGACGAGGAAGAGGACGACUUCGAUAUUGAUGCAAUUUAAACAAGGAUGCCAUUUUUGAGAAGUUGUAGCUUUGAAUCACAUUAUCUCAUCUUGUCAAAUCACCAGCCCUCCUUUCCUUUUCUCACACCCUCACUGCUUCCUGGCAUGAUUAACAUGGCGCUAUGCACAUUUCCUCUGUAAUUUUGAGAUGUAUCCGAUCUGAGAUAUGGGUGGGUUUUGGGGGAAUUACUUGACUGGCAUGAAUUUCUUCCUGUUUUUUUGUCAUUAAAUGUUUUACUGUCCACAACUGUA